AUGUCCAGCGUGGUGGAGAAGCAGACAGCGACAUCGCGAGCUAUGAGGUUGAACAAAGGUGGCAUCCUUCUCGUGACGCGGCCAAGAGUUCGGCAAGGAUCAGCCGACGCAAAAAUAGCACAGCCACCAUCACAUGCGAGUCGAGUGUCUCGAAGUCACCUGAAAGUACAUGCAGCAUACGUCGAACAGCCGCGCUCCAAGAGUCGCUAUGCCCAGUCAGCAACGCAACGUCUGUGGAUCAUUCCCGGAACAAAUCAUGAUUUGGGCAAUCGCCGUCCAGACGAAGAUGCUGUCUCAGAAGCGCGUGAGAGGAGUCCCGCAAAUUCGCGAUGGUCCAAGAAUGUGACAGAACGCAUCGAGGAAGUCCUUCUCUGGCGUCCAAGAAGAAGGUCUAGCAACCUACCGAACGUGAUCGAACCUCCAAGAGUUUCCUUGAAUUUGAUUUCUCCAGCAAUCCUGAUUUCAUCCAGCCAGACACCGCCGAGCGCUAUGAAUGCUGGAGCGGCCAUGGGUGAGCAUGAGAGGCGAUAUGAUAAGGGGUGCGAAAAUUCUCAACUCAGUGGACGCGUAAGGAGUGCUUUCCACAGACCUCACUUUCGCGACGACAUCUCUCCGAGGUCUUCUCCACCACACUUCCAUGAAGUUGAUCUGCAUACAUUUCUAUGGUUCAAUGGGGAUACCCGGAUCACAAUGUCUGCCCUUCCUCAUCCUCCGGCAAUACCAAUGCUGACCUACACAAACUGGCCCCAAACAUCCCGAGACCCACACAACCACCAUUCGACAUACACAUCCCAUCACCUCAAAGAAAACAAACCAUUCCCAGACACUCGCAAAGAAACAUACCACAUAGCCUUCAUCCUCCGCCAUCUCCUGCCCGCAGAAAUAGUCGUCAUCAUAAUUCAUCACGCAGGCCUUCACGAGACCAGCAUCCAAUCAUCCUUCACAUAUCUCAAACCCCGCCAAUAUGCUGUAGAAUACGGGUCAUUUUGCCUAUUGUGUCUGUAA